CUGUGUGUGUCUCUCUUUCUCUCUGUGUGUAACAGCGAGAGGGAGAGAGCGAGCGAGGCACGGAGAGGAGGAGGAGGAGGGGGGGAAGCUUUAAAUAAAGCCUUUGGAUUGCAGCUGCUUAUUUUGGGCAGUCCUACCAGGACGAUUCCUGCCAGGAAAGAAGCUGGACCAGUCGUUGUUUUGUUUGGGUUUGUUUUUUGGGGUUUUGUUUUUGGGUUUUUUUUUAAUUUAUUUUGAUUUUGAUUUUUGGGGGUGGCAGAGGUGUAUCUCCGAUCUGCCUGCGGAGAUGAGCUCCGGUGCCUGCCUGUAGUUUCCACUUUUGGAUCGCUGGACACAGAAGUGGCAUUUCGGUGGGGGGAAGCUGCAGACAUGUGAGAAUGGCUGGACCAUUGCAGUGGCGCACUGAUUUUUAUGGAUGGUGAACAAAAAAAGGGGAUUGAGAAGAGACCACACGAGUUAUUCUGACACAUGACUUGAGUGCUUUCUAUUCUUAGACAGAUGAGGAUCUGAAAUAUGUAGACUGAGAAUAACACAUCUCGGUUAAAACAAUAUCCUACAAGAAGCAUUUGAUGGAUUGUUCCUAGAUAUUUCUAAGAGGGCACAUACAAAAAGUUAUUCCAAUCUGACCACCACACAGACAUCAUUUUUUUAAUGUUGAAUACUCAGAUAAGGGUGCCAUGGAUGUAAAAGAGAGGAAACCGUAUCGAUCUCUGACUCGGCGCCGCGACACAGAGCGUCGCUACACGAGCUCUUCGGCUGAGAGUGAGGACAGCAAGGUACCCCAGAAGUCCUACAGCUCCAGCGAGACCCUGAAGGCUUAUGAUCAAGAUUCCAGGUUGACCUACAGCAAUCGGGUCAAAGACAUGGUGCACCAGGAGGCCGAUGAAUUCUGCCGAGCAGGAGCCAACUUCUCUUUGCGAGAACUGGGUCUUGAAGAUGUGACACCCACACAUGGAACUUUGUACCGGACCGAUAUCGGGCUGCCUCACUGUGGCUACUCCAUCAGUGCCGGAUCGGAUGCCGACACAGAGGCAGAUGUGGUCAUGUCGCCCGAGCACCCAGUGAGGCUCUGGGGACGCAACACCAAGUCUGGACGCAGCUCCUGCUUGUCGAGUCGGGCCAACUCCAACCUCACCCUCACCGAUACAGAGCAUGAGAAUACUGAAACUGAUCAUCCUCCAAAUCUUCAAAAUCAUUCAAGACUUAGAACUCCACCACCUCCAAUAUCACAUGCUCACACUCCAAAUCAGCAUCAUGCAGCCUCCAUCAAUUCCCUAAACAGAGGGAACUUCACUCCACGCAGCAACCCCAGCCCAGCUCCUACGGACCACUCUCUUUCUGGAGAACAACCAGCCACUACUCAAGAGCCAGCCCAUGCUCAGGACAACUGGUUACUUAACAGUAACAUCCCACUGGAGACAAGAAACAUAGCAAAGCAGACAUUCCUAGAGACAUUGCAGGACAACCUCAUUGAGAUGGACAUUCUCACCUCCUCCCGACAUGACGGUGCUUACAAUGAUGGGCACUUCCUGUUCAAACCUGGAGGCACUUCUCCCCUUUUUUGUACAACAUCGCCGGGAUAUCCCCUGACGUCCAGCACUGUGUACUCACCUCCCCCUAGGCCCCUUCCCAGAAGUACCUUUUCUAGGCCUGCCUUUAACCUGAAGAAACCCUAUAAGUACUGUAACUGGAAAUGUGCUGCUCUGAGUGCUAUUGUCAUCUCAGUCACGCUGGUGAUCCUGCUGGCCUAUUUCAUAGCCAUGCACCUGUUUGGCCUAAACUGGCACCUGCAGCCGAUGGAAGGGCAGAUGUAUGAAAUCACGGAAGACACAGCCAGCAGUUGGCCAGUGCCAACGGACGUCUCCUUAUAUCCUUCGGGGGGCACAGGGUUAGAGUUACCUGACAGGAAAGGCAAAGGAACCAGUGAAGGAAAGCCCAGUAGUUUCUUUCCAGACGACAGUUUUAUAGACUCCGGAGAGAUUGAUGUAGGCAGACGAGCCACACAGAAGAUCCCUCCUGGUAUUUUUUGGAGAUCUCAGGUGUUCAUCGACCACCCAGUGCAUCUGAAAUUCAAUGUGUCUUUAGGAAAGGCUGCUCUGGUUGGCAUCUAUGGCAGAAAAGGACUCCCACCAUCACACACACAGUUUGACUUUGUCGAGCUCCUUGAUGGAAGACGUCUACUGACACAGGAGGCGAGGAGCUUGGAAGGACCUCAGCGGCAACACAGAGCUUUUGUGCCCUUAUCCAGCCACGAGACGGGAUUUAUCCAGUAUUUAGAUUCAGGAAUAUGGCAUUUAGCCUUCUACAAUGAUGGCAAGGAAUCGGAAGUGGUUUCUUUUCUUACUACUGCUAUUGAAUCAGUGGAUAACUGUCCCAGUAACUGUUAUGGGAAUGGAGACUGCGUGUCUGGGACUUGCCAUUGCUUCCUUGGCUUUCUGGGCCCUGACUGCGGCAGAGCAUCCUGCCCAGUGCUGUGCAGUGGAAAUGGGCAGUACAUGAAGGGAAGGUGCUUGUGCCAUAGUGGCUGGAAGGGAGCAGAGUGCGAUGUCCCAACGAACCAGUGCAUUGAUGUCUCCUGCAAUAACCAUGGCACGUGCAUCAUGGGGACCUGUAUCUGCAACCCAGGAUACAAAGGCGAGAGCUGUGAAGAAGUGGACUGCAUGGAUCCUACCUGCUCAGGACGAGGUGUGUGCGUGCGAGGAGAAUGUCACUGCUCUGUUGGCUGGGGAGGAACAAAUUGUGAGACCCCAAGAGCCACUUGUCUGGAUCAGUGCUCUGGCCAUGGGACCUUCCUCCCGGAUACUGGACUCUGCAGCUGCGAUCCCAACUGGACUGGACAUGAUUGCUCAAUUGAGAUUUGUGCAGCGGACUGCGGAGGACAUGGCAUUUGUGUCGGAGGCACCUGCCGCUGUGAGGAGGGAUGGAUGGGCACAGCCUGUGAUCAGCGAGCGUGUCACCCACGCUGCAAUGAGCACGGGACAUGCCGGGAUGGCAAGUGUGAAUGCAGCCCGGGCUGGAACGGAGAGCACUGCACUAUUGCUCACUAUCUGGAUAAGGUAGUGAAAGAGGGAUGCCCUGGCUUGUGUAACGGCAAUGGCAGAUGCACUCUGGACAUGAACGGCUGGCACUGUGUCUGCCAGCUGGGCUGGAGAGGAGCAGGCUGUGACACUUCCAUGGAGACGGCAUGCGGUGAUGGGAAAGACAACGAUGGAGAUGGCCUGGUGGAUUGCAUGGACCCAGAUUGCUGCUUACAGCCGCUGUGCCACGUCAAUGCGCUUUGCCUGGGCUCCCCAGACCCCCUGGAUAUCAUCCAGGAGACACAAGCCCCCAUCUCCCAGCAGAGCUUGCAUUCCUUCUAUGAUCGAAUCAAGUUCCUGAUUGGCAAGGACAGCACUCACGUCAUCCCAGGAGACAAUCCUUUUGAAGGCGGACAUGCAUGUGUGAUUCGAGGCCAGGUUAUGACGGCAGAUGGAACCCCUCUAGUCGGAGUGAACAUCAGCUUUGUCAACAAUCCUCACCUUGGGUACACAAUCAGCAGACAAGAUGGCAGCUUUGAUCUUGUUACCAUUGGUGGAAUCUCCAUUAUCCUGCACUUUGAACGGGCUCCCUUCAUCACCCAGGAACACACGCUGUGGCUGCCGUGGGAUCGUUUCUUUGUGAUGGAAACCAUAGUCAUGAGGCACGAAGAGAAUGAGAUCCCAAGCUGUGACCUCAGUAACUUUGCCCGGCCCAACCCUGUGGUUUCUCCGUCUCCGCUGACAGCUUUUGCAACUUCCUGCUCAGAGAAAGGUCCUAUUGUUCCUGAAAUCCAGGUGCCUAUAGACAGAUUUGGGGCCAUUAAGGAUGCCCUGAAGUGUCCCUUCAGGCUUCCAGCUGUAGCUUCAGAAAGGUGGAGAUUUCAAGAAGGUCCAUGUCAGAGCUGUCAUGCCUUUGCAGAAGUUUUGGAUACCAUAGAACAGCUCAAAAUUUCAGUAGGUUAUGAGUAUGAAUCCUGUCCAGACUUGAUUCUGUGGGAGAAGAGGACAGCUGUGCUCCAGGGUUAUGAAAUUGAUGCUUCCAAACUUGGAGGAUGGUCCCUGGACAAACACCAUGCCCUCAACAUACAAAGUGGCAUCUUGCACAAAGGAAAUGGGGAAAACCAGUUCAUUUCCCAGCAGCCGCCUGUAAUUGGAAGCAUUAUGGGCAACGGCCGCAGACGUAGCAUUUCUUGUCCAAGCUGCAAUGGUCUGGCAGAUGGGAACAAACUCCUGGCUCCCAUUGCCCUAACAUGUGGGUCUGAUGGAAGCCUUUAUGUUGGAGAUUUCAACUACAUCCGAAGGAUCUUUCCCUCUGGCAAUGUCACCAACAUACUGGAGCUGAGAAAUAAAGAUUUCAGACAUAGCCACAGCCCAGCUCAUAAGUAUUACUUGACCACAGAUCCAAUCACCGGCUCCAUCUACCUCUCCGACACCAACAGCCGACGUAUCUAUAAAAUCAAGUCAACCACAUCAGUGAAAGACAUUGUGAAGAAUUCAGAGGUUUUGGCUGGAACUGGGGAUCAGUGCCUCCCAUUCGAUGAUACCCGCUGCGGAGAUGGAGGCAAAGGCACUGAUGCCACCCUUACAAAUCCCAGGGGCAUCACUGUGGACAAGUUUGGGCUGAUUUACUUUGUAGAUGGCACUAUGAUCAGGCGGAUUGAUCAGAAUGGAAUCAUCUCAACUGUGUUGGGUUCCAAUGACUUGACGUCUGCUCGACCUCUCAGUUGUGACUCUGUUAUGGACAUUUCUCAGGUUCGUCUAGAAUGGCCCACCGAUCUGGCAGUCAAUCCCAUGGAUAAUUCACUCUACGUCCUCGACAAUAACGUUGUGCUACAGAUCUCUGAGAACCACCAAGUGCGCAUCGUGGCGGGGAGGCCCAUGCAUUGCCAGGUGCCAGGCAUGGAUCACUUUCUCCUCAGCAAGGUAGCAAUCCAUGCCACACUGGAGUCUGCCACCGCCCUGGCUGUCUCCCAUAACGGAGUCCUGUACAUUGCUGAGACCGACGAGAAGAAGAUCAACCGCAUCAGGCAGGUCACCACCAAUGGAGAGAUUUCCCUCGUGGCCGGUGCCCCAAGCAGCUGUGACUGCAAGAACGAUGCUAACUGUGACUGCUUCUCGGGGGACGAUGGCUAUGCCAAGGAUGCCAAACUCAACGCGCCAUCCUCCCUGGCGGUGUGUGCAGAUGGGGAGCUGUAUGUCGCUGAUCUUGGAAAUAUCAGAAUCCGCUUUAUUCGGAAAAACAAGCCAUUCCUCAACACACAAAAUCUAUAUGAGUUAUCCUCGCCCAUAGACCAGGAACUCUACUUGUUUGACACCAGUGGGAAGCACCUUUAUACCCAGAGCCUUACCACUGGAGAUUAUCUUUACAAUUUUACUUAUUCUGGAGAUGGAGAUAUAACCCUGAUCACUGAUAAUAAUGGAAAUUUAGUCAAUAUCCGAAGAGAUUCCACAGGGAUGCCCCUCUGGCUGGUGGUGCCUGAUGGCCAAGUCUACUGGGUGACAAUUGGUACCAACAGUGCACUCAAGAGUGUAACAACACAGGGGCAUGAAGUCGCCAUGAUGACUUACCACGGCAACUCCGGUCUCCUUGCCACUAAAAGCAAUGAAAAUGGUUGGACAACAUUUUAUGAGUACGACAGCUUUGGCCGCCUGACCAACGUGACCUUCCCUACUGGCCAAGUGAGCAGCUUCCGCAGUGAUACCGACAGCUCCGUGCACGUCCAGGUGGAAACCUCCAGCAAGGAUGAUGUCACGAUAACAACCAAUUUGUCAGCAUCAGGAGCCUUCUACACCCUGCUCCAAGACCAAGUCCGAAACAGCUACUACAUCGGUGCUGAUGGCUCUCUCAGACUGAUGCUUGCCAACGGCAUGGAGGUGGCCCUGCAAACCGAGCCACAUCUGCUGGCUGGCACUGUCAACCCCACAGUGGGCAAGAGGAAUGUCACCCUCCCCAUCGACAAUGGACUCAAUCUUGUGGAGUGGAGGCAGAGGAAGGAGCAAGCAAGAGGGCAGGUCACCGUCUUUGGACGUCGACUGAGGGUUCACAACAGAAACCUGCUGUCCCUCGACUUUGAUCGUGUGACAAGGACAGAGAAAAUCUAUGAUGACCACCGCAAGUUCACGCUCCGCAUCCUCUACGACCAGGCAGGGAGGCCCAGUCUCUGGUCACCAAGCAGCAGACUGAAUGGGGUCAAUGUCACCUAUUCCCCAGGAGGACACAUUGCGGGGAUUCAGAGGGGCACAAUGUCAGAAAGGAUGGAGUAUGACCAGUCUGGCAGAAUUACAUCCAGGAUCUUUGCUGAUGGCAAAUCAUGGAGCUACACUUACUUGGAGAAGUCCAUGGUGCUGCUCCUUCACAGCCAGAGACAGUACAUCUUUGAGUUUGACAAGAAUGACCGGUUGUCAUCGGUGACCAUGCCCAAUGUUGCACGUCAGACUUUAGAAACCAUUCGUUCCAUUGGCUACUACAGGAACAUUUACCGACCACCAGAAGGCAACGCCUCGGUUAUUCAGGAUUUCACAGAGGAUGAGCAGCUCCUCCACACUUUGUACUUGGGCACAGGGAGACGUGUCAUCUACAAGUACGGAAAAUUGUCCAAGUUAGCUGAGAUGCUCUAUGACACCACAAAGAUCAGUUUCACUUACGAUGAAACUGCUGGCAUGCUGAAGACCAUCAACUUGCAGAAUGAAGGGUUCACCUGUACGAUCAGGUACAGACAAAUAGGGCCCCUCAUUGAUCGACAGAUUUUCCGUUUCACUGAGGAAGGCAUGGUGAAUGCACGCUUUGACUACAAUUACGACAACAGCUUUCGGGUGACCAGCAUGCAAGCAGUCAUCAACGAGACACCUUUACCUAUUGAUCUCUACAGGUAUGAUGACGUGUCAGGCAAAACUGAGCAAUUUGGUAAAUUUGGAGUAAUUUACUACGAUAUCAACCAGAUUAUCACCACUGCUGUCAUGACUCAUACUAAACAUUUUGAUGCCUAUGGCAGAAUGAAGGAGGUCCAGUAUGAGAUAUUCCGGUCUCUCAUGUACUGGAUGACUGUGCAGUACGACAACAUGGGAAGAGUGGUUAAGAAAGAGCUGAAGGUUGGCCCUUAUGCAAACACAACUAGGUACUCAUAUGAAUAUGAUGCUGAUGGCCAGUUGCAGACAGUGUCUAUCAAUGACAAACCACUCUGGCGUUACAGCUAUGACCUAAAUGGAAACCUCCAUUUGUUGAGUCCGGGGAAUAGUGCCCGCCUUACACCGCUCAGGUAUGACCUCAGGGAUAGGAUUACUAGACUGGGGGAUGUGCAGUACAAAAUGGAUGAAGAUGGCUUCCUGAAGCAAAGGGGCAAUGAUAUUUUUGAGUACAAUUCAGCUGGCCUGCUCAUCAAAGCCUACAAUAAAGUUAGUGGGUGGAGUGUGAAGUACCGCUAUGAUGGCCUAGGGAGGAGAGUCUCCAGCAAAACCAGCCAUGGUCAUCACUUGCAGUUCUUCUACGCAGAUCUGACCAACCCAACCAAGGUCACCCAUCUAUACAACCACUCAAGUUCUGAGAUCACCUCCCUUUACUAUGACCUCCAAGGCCACCUCUUUGCAAUGGAGCUCAGCAGCGGUGAUGAAUUCUACAUAGCUUGCGAUAACAUUGGCACUCCUUUGGCUGUUUUCAGCGGGACUGGCUUAAUGAUCAAGCAGAUACUGUACACAGCAUAUGGGGAGAUCUAUAUGGACACCAAUCCCAACUUCCAGAUCAUCAUUGGCUACCAUGGAGGACUGUAUGACCCCCUCACAAAGCUUAUCCACAUGGGACGGAGAGACUAUGAUGUGCUAGCGGGUCGGUGGACAAGUCCAGACCAUGAUAUGUGGAAGCAUCUGAGUAGCAAUAAUAUAAUGCCUUUCAACCUGUAUAUGUUCAAAAACAACAACCCCAUUAGCAACUCUCAGGAUAUCAAAUGUUACAUGACAGAUGUCAACAGUUGGCUGCUCACCUUCGGGUUCCAGCUACACAACGUCAUCCCCGGCUACCCCAAGCCAGACGUGGAUGCAAUGGAGCCGUCCUAUGAGCUAAUCCACACACAGAUGAAAACCCAAGAAUGGGACAAUAGCAAGUCAAUUUUGGGGGUCCAGUGUGAAGUGCAGAAGCAGCUGAAGGCCUUUGUCACUCUCGAGCGCUUCGAACGGAUCUACAGCUCCAGCAUCGCUGGGUGCCAGCAUAUCAAGAAGAACAAGAACUUUGCUUCUGGAGGCUCCAUCUUCGGCAAGGGCGUCAAGUUCGCCAUGAAGGAUGGGCGAGUGGCCACCGACAUUAUCAGCGUGGCCAACGAGGACGGGCGGAGGAUCGCGGCCAUCCUGAACAACGCCCAUUACCUGGAGAACUUGCACUUCACCAUCGACGGGGUGGACACACACUAUUUCAUUAAGCAGGGGCCAUCGGAGGGUGACCUGUCCAUCCUGGGCCUCAGCGGCGGGCGGAGAACCCUGGAGAACGGCGUGAAUGUGACAGUGUCCCAGAUCAACACAGUGCUGAGUGGGAGGACUAGACGUUACACAGACAUCCAGCUCCAGUACGGUGCACUGUGUCUAAACACUCGCUACGGGACCACCUUGGACGAGGAGAAGGCCCGUGUCCUGGAGCUGGCCCGACAGCGCGCUGUCACCCAAGCUUGGUCCCGGGAACAGCAGAGACUGCGGGAUGGGGAGGAGGGUAUUCGAUCAUGGACAGAAGGGGAGAGGCAACAAGUGCUAAACACGGGCCGGGUACAGGGCUACGAUGGCUAUUUUGUGAUCUCAGUGGAGCAGUACCCUGAACUCUCAGACAGCGCCAACAACAUCCACUUCAUGAGACAGAGUGAAAUGGGCAGAAGGUGACAGAGAGGGUCAAUGCGGUGACUUCUUGCCAAAGACAGCUACUCUUUUGUGGCCACUUACCUGACUGUGUUGUACUCAAUACUUUUUCUAAACUGAACAAGGGGGGGGGGAGGAAAAUAGAAAGAAAAGGAAUAAUACAGUUGCACUGUAACUCAUGCAACAUACUUUUUUCCCUCUUUAAUUUGGCCUUCACAUGUUUUUUGCAAUGAACAGAAGGUAUAUUUUGCCGUAGUGUGAUCACAGUGAAAUUUACUGUCUCUUGUCCUUUUUUGGUUUUGUUUCGUUUUCGUUUUUCCCCCUCUUUUGUGAGGAAUUUGAAGUGGGGAGUCGUCAACGUACGUACGUCCUUAGGUGUAAGUGCGAAAUGGGUGUCUAUGCUAACUCGUGUCAUCCUAACCCUUUCUGGUUUGGGCAGGGACAGAGAGCCUUCCACCCAAAACAUGGGGAGUCCACGGCAUGCCAGAGAGCUCUUCCUGGAAAGAAAGGAGAUGGAAGACAACGCUGAUUCUGACACUCUGAAAGUGACCGUCCGAAUCAUGUGCCUCAAAAGAGACCUUACCAGUAGUUUUCAUGUUUCAGUUGGGACAUAAAGUGUUUCCUUGGGGGCUCCUGCUGAGCAGAAGUAGAUUAUAGAGGCAAAGGAGCUGAUUAUAUUACUUUGCAAGAUGAUUCUCUUCCUUCCUGAACUGGAAUAAAAAAAGAAAAAAAAACAGUCUUUUUUCAUUAUGAGAGUAGAUACUUUUGGGGUUUUUUUGUGUGUGCACAAAUCCUGGUUUUAGUUAAAUAACCUAGCAAAAGCCAAGAAAAGGGACUCCUGCUCUAUUGAGAAAAGCUAAAAUAAAUCCUCUCUCUCAUACGUAGAGCUGUUCUAUAGGUGGAUUUAAUGCACCCAUGUUGUACAUUUGCUAAUGGCAUAACUUCAUUAAAUGUAUAGUGUUUCAGUACAUGAGGCUACGUGUUUAACAGUCCACUGUGCUGUAUCUGAUAAAACCAGUUAAUUUUUAAGAAGCUGAUUUGAAUUUAAAAGUAGUUAUAGUAUCCCAGUGACAUACCACUGAAAAUUAGAGCCAAACCCUGCUUUUCCUGAUUCUGGAGCUUGUAUUUAUUGGCUGGGAAAUGCAGUUUUGAGUAGCAUGCUGGCAAGUCGUUUAUGACUAUGGCAGAUAAAUGUCUCCCGGGGACUUUGGCAGCAGGGAUUUUAAAAUGCUUAAUAAGUAGCAACAGCUUGUGCGUGGUGGGACAAGAAGGAGAAUAUUGGAAUCAGCUCUCUCACUGUUUCUUACACGAGCUCGAAUUAAAUGGAGAGCACAGUUGACUGUUAGCAGUGACGAAGGGAGAGAUUGAGUGGAAAUGCCCACUGCAGAGGGGACCAAGUGCUUUAAUGAGAAACUGCUGACAAAGUCACUCGGCAUGCUAAUGUAAUUUGUAUUCACAUAACCUCUGUGCUCUGGUAUUUGCAAGAGUCCUUGAAAUUCAAGGGAGCAAGGAGAUGAGCUCAGCAUCCUCUUCCCUGCCUGAAACAGUCCUGUGAUAGCAAGGGCUGUUUCUGCAGGCAGAGAUGUUACCCCACCUCUCAAUGGAGCUCUGGCUGGAGGUGGCCAACCCUGGUCCCAAACAGAUGUCUUAUCACACUGACACCAGCACGUAUCCCGAUUCUAAGAGCUCUCACUGUGUUUCUUUGGGAACAGCUCAGUCCUGGCUUUUUAUUCCAUCCACUUUGGUUUUUGCUUCCCAGUUCUUCAGAGAGAUAACCCAAGAUGUGCAAAUCCAUGCCAAGGCUGUUUCCUGACUUGGAGCCCUACAAUGCACCUGUGUCCUCGGAGCCAGCUCUUCUGCACUCAUGCCACCAGCACUGCCAUCCUCCAGCACAGACUGAUACUUGUUUGCAGGGUCUCACCCCCCAGACAAAGCGGGGGUGUUAUGUUGGGCAUGCAGUCCUCGAGCAGCGAAACAUUGGCAGCCCCAGUGCUAUCACGGUUUCCCCGUAGAUGCCAGCUGCCAGCUCCGUCUGCCUUGCCUGUCUGUUCCAGGGUGCUUGCCAGAAGGAAGGUGAUGGGAUGGAAAUUCCCCUAACAGACUGUUCCUCCUCCAGUUCCCAAUCCCUAAUGCCUUUGGCUGUGUGGUCAUAACCACCGGUAUGGUUUUGAUUUUCUGGUGGUCUCUCCUGCUUGCAGUGAAGGUGAUGAUGCUGGUACUUUGUCCCAGUGCUGUACUCUGAACCACCCCUUGCAGCACACAACCUUUAUUACUUUGGCAGGAGUCAACCACAGGCAGUUGGAAAGGGUAUCCAGUUCUAGCAGAGUCAACUCGGAGAAGAUGCGUUAGCCAGACCAGCUCUAGGCUUUGGCAAGGGAGCAGUUGCUUUAGGCUGCCGCCUGCCAGGAAUGGUUAAAAGGCCAUGGCAUUACCACCUGUAUUGCCAGCAUCAAGCUCUUGGGAAGCCUCAAUUGCCCCGAGGAUGUGCUGGUGGGGAUUAGGGGAAAUGUUAGACAAACCAGCAGUAGCCACCUACUCAAAGGAGGCAGCACCCUCUUCACAAUGCUACCCAGCUUCCCCAUCCCCAAGUCACAUCAGGGACAAAUCCUUCUUAGAACCUCAAACUUGUGAUGGCUGUGAAUAUCUAAAACAGCAUGAAUGGAGGAAAAAACAUCUGCAGGAAGCUGGAUCGAAAGGUAUAAAUCCCUGGUGAAUACCUGCAGUGCAGAGAGGACUCAAUGUGCCUCCCAUUUACACUGCCCCACUCCGAGCGGCUCCGAAGAGAACUGGUGCUUCUGUAUCCAUCCCCAUCCAUAUGUUACAAUGCUAAGAAGAGUAGUGCAAGAGUAAAUGGACCAUGUUUCCAUGGAGCCAAGAAAAGGGAUUCAAGUGUGAAACAUUCCUACUGGAACCCUGCCAGCCUGAGAUGGCACCUCUACAGCCUUACAGAGACUCUUCAGGUUAUUACAUGAGCUAAUGACUUUGAGGAGUUCACCCAUGUUCAAGAGUCUUACAGUCCUGCCGUGCACACUCAGCAUGCCUGGACCCAGGAGUCAUCCUGCUCUGCACCAUGGCAAAGGCAAACCCCUCGAGUUGCAUUUCUCAGCAUCCUCAAGCAGCGGUGGGAUGCAACUGCGCCUGUCUGCCUGCCAGGUCCACGAGGAUCUUCUCCCGGGCCUGCACAUGGCGUGGGAACUAUGGACAUUAGGUCAAAAAGGGGAAAAAAGUAUAUAUGUAAAAGUAUAUAUAUGUAUAUGUUGCUCCUCUCUAUCAAAACAGAAAACUUAAAAGGGAUGGCUGUCUAGUGUUGGGGACAAACCUGACCAAAGACAGCUACUACAUUCCUAAAUCCUCAGCCUCUGUGAAAGCUUUCAACUUCACCUAGAUGGCAAAACAAGAACAUUUUCAGUCCUGAAGCCCUAAAUUUACCCCUCCAUUAGUGAAAAAUGCUUUUUCUACAGUAUCUCAAGUGCAUUCCCAUGGAAUGGGUUGAGAACACAAAGAGUUGUGCCCUGAUCAAGGGACUGCACUCCACUGUCCACAAGCAUUUUCAUUCUACUGACGGCACCAUAGCCACUUCCCAGCCCUUGUGUUGCCCCUUCUGCCUCUGCUAUGGGCCAUGCUGUGUGUGCCUGACCCUUCUGACUUUGCUUAUAGGAAGGGGUGCAGCAAUUCAUUGCUUUGGUAGGAUUGGGAGGUCCUGGCUGCAAAUCCCACAGCACUAAUCCCCAUCUCAUAGAAUCGUAGAAUGGUUUGAGAUGGAAGGUACCUUAAAGAUCAUCUCAUUCCAAUCCUCCUGCCAUGAUCAGGGAUACCUUCCAUGAGAUCGGGGUUGGUCAGAGGUCCAUCGAACCUGGUCUUGAACACUUCCACGGAUGGGGCAGCCACAACUUCUCUGGGCAACCUGUCCAGUACCUCACCACCCUCACAGUAAA